CGGGCUCUGCACUCCGCAAAACAGCUCUCCUGUGCACCACCACCACGGCUCCGAUGGCUGCAAUGAUGCGGACUUCUCUGGUCGUGUGCUGCUGUGUUUUUGCGCUGCAGUACUUACAGGUCAUGCUUUGUCUUCCAGCGCGGGGGUCCAGCAGGUACAAAGAGGCACCGGUCUCUGAAAACUUUCAGGAGCUGAAGAAGAGAGCAAAAGCACCUCAAACUCAGGAACUGGUUAAAGAGCCACACUCACUGACAAACAGCACAUUGAAUCAUCCCCGCUGUGGCGUACCGGACUAUCCCACCAAGGAAGAGUGGCGGCACCGGGGGCGAUACCGCCAGAGACGCUACACCCUGUAUGGACAACGCUGGGACAAGACGGACCUCACCUAUAGGAUUGAUGGAUUUCCUUGGCAGUUUGGAGAGGAAAGGGUUCGAGGUGUCUUUCGGGAUGCAGCGAAGAUCUGGAGUGACGUCACUCCGCUCACCUUUACCGAGGUCCGUAACGGACACGCUGACAUUCGCAUCGACUUCAGAAGUUUAUGGCAUGGAGACAACCUUCCCUUUGAUGGCCGGGGUGGCAUUCUUGCUCACGCUUUCUUCCCUAAAACACACCGACAAGGUGAAAUUCACUUUGACGCUGAUGAGUCAUGGACACUCGGAAACCACAUGGGCAUGGACCUUCUCCAGGUUGCCGCCCAUGAGUUCGGGCACGUCCUGGGCCUGCAGCACACCCGUACGAAGGGAGCCAUCAUGUCCCCACACUACUUCUUCGCCGACUUUCCCGAUGCCUGCAGGACAGAGUUUGAUGCCGUAUCUAUGAUCCGAGGAGAGCUGUUCUUCUUUAAGUCGGGCUACGUUUGGAGGAUCAGGGACGGGCAUCUGGAAAGCGGUUACCCGGCACUGGCGUCCCGUCACUGGCGGGGGAUUCCCAACAACAUCGAUGCCGCCUUUGAAGACAAGUCAGGGAAUAUUUGGUUCUUUCAAGGUGCAAACUACUGGGUGUUUGAUGCUGAGAGGCGGAUCAGGGGGCCGGAGUCCAUCAGGAAUUUGGGCCUGUACGAGUCUGGGAUCCAGGCAGCACUGCGCUGGGGCCAGGACCCCAACUACAACACCUACUUCUUCAAGUCAGGCAGCUACUGGAGGUUCAGCCCCCAGGACAACCGAGUCGAGUCUGCGCCGCGCAGCAUGCAGGACUGGAUCGGCAUCCCCAGCGUCGUGGACGCCGCUUUCCGAGACAUCUACGGCUACGCUCACUUCAUCCGAGGACGGCAGUACUGGAAAUUUGACCCCGUUAACAUGAACUCUUUGGAGGGCUACCCUCGCUACGUCGGCGUGGAUUUCUUCGGCUGCAGAAACGGGCGAUUCUGAAUCUGAGGAUCCUUUUGUUUUUUUGCAAUGGAGUCGUCUCUUUUUUUGUGUGUUUGGUUUUUUUGGAGCAAAGACAUUUUUAUCUUUGGAGAAAGAUUCAAAGGAGAUGAAAGCGUCUCCUUUGAAUCUGUUUAUCUUUCAUUUAUUGAUACACAGAUCAAGUACACCUUCUUCUCAGGAAAACCAAGUUGUAUUCCCUCAGACUUGGCGCCUCCUGUGCAGCUAUACUCAUAUUUAUUUUGCACAUUUUUGUCACAGUAAGGCUGAGUUCUGGGCCCUUGUCUAACGAUGUGUGCUGUGAACUGCACACUCCUCACCUCCUUUCUCUGAGCCGAAAAGUGAGAUUUUGGUCCGCAGACUGUCCUACUUAGUCUGCGUUUUCCAUUCCAGCAGUUGUGUGUUUUCAUCACGGACGGACUUCUGCUAACCCUAUGAGGGUCUGAAGAGCGACAUCAAACUUUGUACAUGAGCUGCUGUAGGUGGCGAUCAGAGCUUUGUUUGAACGAUGUAACCCAGGAGCCACUCAGCAGGAAUGUCAGCGAGCAACGAUUUCAGCUAUGCUUCCCUUUUUUACAGACGUGAUUGCACAUGUAGUUGAUUUUCCUGCCAACCUGAGUCCCAUUAACCAUAAUUCAAAAUCACAAAAUCUAUAAAAAGAUGGACAGCCCAACAGAUAGUCCCAUUCUGAAGCCUCGAGCUGAGCAUUUCUCAAAAGAACGCAAUGUUACACAAUCUCACAGGCAUGAACAUUGAUCGUCCUUUAUGACUGCAGGGAAAGGUAUCAUUUAUACCCCAUGUUGUAUUCUGUAUGGCUUUAAUUUGGCAAAUGAGGCCAUGAACUCAUUAGGUUAAAAUUAUAUUUGAUCUAGCUUUAUGUGCAUCUCUUAUGUACAGCCUACGAUCAAAACACAACCAGAUGUGAGAGACUUUUGGCAGUUAUGGCAAAUGUAGUGGGGGCCAGAUGUGUCUCAGAUAGGACACAGAUUUGGUUUGGGCAACAUCUGGCCAGAUUCACCAUCACUGCUGGCCCAAAGAACAUCUGUGCCAAACAUUCAUUGGUGUUAGAUACCAAAAAUAUAGUGCAGAUAGCAUUACCAUAUGUUUUAUUCAUGCAUUAUUCAGUGAGUCCUGAUGUUUUCAGACACCUGAGUCAUG